UCGGACAGUCUAUCAAUUUGGCAGCGUCCGUGAUCAAUGAUAACACAGGUACAACAUUAUCGCCGUAACACUCAAAGCUGACGACCGCGGUCUUGCGCGUAUUGACCGUUCAUCUUUCGGUGGGUCAUGUAGUUGACCGCUGUUUUCCGUUAACCGUAUAGACGUAAAAUAAUAUUGCAUUACAAUCGUGAUAAUAAUCGUUUUCGGUGGUCGCAAACUCGCCCGGCGGUUUCGGAAAUUCAUCAGUUUUUCAACCGAUUAAGGACAUUCAUCUAUCGAUUUCUUACACAGUAUGUCUAUGAAAAUAUUUGCAAUCAUUUUGGUUUCAAUUGGUGUUCAAACACAUUCUACAAAUAUGGUCGAAAACCCCACAUCGAAGCUGUUACUGUUCGACUUCCGGACCGCGGCCGGUCUGAACGGUUGGUCGGAACAGUCGGACACCGUGAGAUCGGCGGGCAGAUCGAAAGCCACGUUCGACCUGUACAGAAUGCAAACCGCGCCGCAGUCCGCGAUCCUCUUCACGUUGCUCAAUCCGCUGCCGAACGGCGCGUGUUUCGCCGGUGUCCGCGUCCCGACACAACUGAACUUGGCCGGUUAUCAUCACGUAGUGUUUUCGUGCAAGACCACAGGAAACGCGACCACGUACAAGAUCGUGUUGAGGCACAACGGUUUAAACGACGAGCCGUACCCGACCUACGAACAAAAAUUCCAGGUUGAAAACAAUUCGGAAACCGUUGUGAAAUUGCCACUGUUGAAAUUCCAACCCUAUUAUAGGGGUAAAAUAAUUCCAGACGGCCCGGCAUUAAAUGCUAAGAACAUUACUUCAUUUGGCAUUCAAGUUGCUGGAGGUGUUUAUGAACAUUUCAAACAAUCCGGUUUGUCAUCAUUUGAAGUCGAUCAAAUAUGGGCAGAUAACUAAUCUUUAUAAUUGUUAGAUUAUUAGAUUAUAUACAUAGAUAUUGUAAAUCGAAAGGUGAUUUAAUUAAAUCGUUAUUAGUUCUGCAUCAAGAAAAUUGUUUGAAUCGAUUGCCUAAGACAUAUAUUAACGCUUUUUCAUUUAAUUAUAUUAACUGUAUUGUUUUUAAUUAUGCAUAACAUUUACAUAAAUUUAAGU